AUGUUCAAGAAGUUUUGCUUGGAGGAGAUUUCAUCACAGAACCAAGUAAAGGCAUCUGUUCAACGUAGGAUUCGCCAGAGUAUUCAUGAUGAGUACCCGGGACUUGAAACAGUGGUGGAGGAUCUACUUCCUAAAAAGUCUCCUCUAAUUGUAGUGAAAUGCCCAAACCAUUUGACCCUAGUUGUUGUCAACAGUGUCCCCCUCUUCUUCUGUAUCCGUGACGGGCCAUACAUGCCAACACUUCGGCUUCUUCAUCAAUACCCCAAUAUAAUGAAGAGGUUUCAAGUUGAUAGAGGUGCCAUAAAGUUUGUUCUCUCUGGUGCAAACAUAAUGUGUCCUGGUCUUACAUCCCCUGGAGGCGUCCUGGAUGAAGAAGUCGAGGCUGAAAGGCCAGUGGCCAUAUAUGCAGAAGGGAAGCAACAUGCCUUAGCAAUCGGCUUCACCAAAAUGUCAGCCAAGGACAUAAAGAGCAUCAACAAAGGAAUCGGAGUGGACACCAUGCAUUACCUCAACGACGGUCUCUGGAAGAUGGAACGGCUAGAUUGA